ACGCGGUAAAGUCUUUGGUGUUGUCCUUUGGACACUGCUCGCAGCCUAAAUUCAACAGGAACAAGAUGGAACCAGAGGGGAGACCCAAGCUCUUUGACUUUGAAGGAAUAUCGAUGAUAAACUACUUCACAGAUAACUGGGAGAAAGUUCAAAACUUUCAUGCUCGGCCGGACGAUAUCAUCAUCGCUACAUAUCCCAAGGCAGGCACAACAUGGGUGUCCUGUAUCCUCGAUUUGCUGUACUUUGGCAAAAACAUGCCAGAGAGACAGACCACUCUGCCUAUCUAUGAGAGAGUACCAUUCUUGGAGAUUGCUGUUCCUCAAGGAACAGAGUUGGCUGAUAAGCUAUCUACUUCUCCGCGGCUAAUUAAAACACACCUUCCUGUCCAGCUGGUUCCCAAAGGAUUCUGGGAGCAGAACUGCAGGAUGGUGUACGUGGGCCGUAAUGCUAAAGACAACGCCGUCUCCUACUUCCACUUUGAUCGCAUGAACAUGGUGCAGCCAGAGCCCGGAGACUGGAACAGCUACAUUGAGAAAUUCAUGGAGGGGAAAACUGUGUUUGGGCCCUGGUAUGACCAUGUGACUGGCUGGUGGGAGAAGAAGCAAACCUACUCCAAUAUGCAUUACAUGUUCUAUGAAGAUCUAAUUGAGGACACUGGUCGUGAGAUAGAGCGCCUCUGCUCCUUCCUGGGUUUGUCCGCCACAAUAGAGGAGAGAGAGAGCAUCAGGGGAGGAGUGCAGUUUGACGCCAUGAAGGCGAACCCCAUGGCCAACUACUCCACCAUCCCCGUGAUGGACUUUAAAAUAUCGCCCUUCAUGCGCAAAGGGAAGGUUGGUGACUGGAAGAACCAUUUCACUGUGGCUCAGAACGAGAAGUUUGACGAGCACUACGAGCAAAGGAUGAAGAACAGCUCGUUGGUAUUCCGCACACAAAUCUAACGUCAGGAAAGAAGGGCACUCGGAGGACAGUUCAAUCAGUCUCAAAAGUCCGCUGUUCUGUCUGUAAUGAAAUGUCGUUUAAUCCAAUAAUGUCCUGCAGAUCUUUGUGUGCCUCGGUGUACGUCCAGUUAAUUCACCCGGCUCAGUUACUGAGACUGCAGAAACAGGCUAAAGCAGUGUGAGUUUCUAUAGAGCUCAUGGUCAUAAGGGAUCAAAGUGCCAAGAGUCCUCUCAGAAUCAGUCAUCCCUCAAAGGAAAUGAGCAGAAUAUUUUUUUACUCUUAUAAAAAUAUUUUUUACUAACAAUAUAGCAACAGAGUAUAUUUUUUUGCUAUGGAAUUCUAACCUACUGUAGUAUGGCAUGUUAACAUCAACAGUAAUAGUCUUAUUCGUAAAUGAAGGAUCACAUACUAUAUGACAGAUAUACUAUUGCAGUGGUCAUUUUAGUCUUGAUUGUACAAUACUAUCCAACAAUCAUUAUACAGUAUAUAUAUAUAUAAUUCAGAUCUUUCUUCAUUUUAUUCAUUACACUAAUCCUGCUGCUGACUGAGACAAUAUGUAUUUUCCAAAACUGCAAUGCAGUGCUAAUUGGUUGACAAUGCCUCUUAGACUUCCAACACUCAGGACCAUUUUUUGGAUAAUGUAUUAUGAACAGCUACUUUAUUAUGAAUGAAAUUACAUUUAUUUUAAAGCCAGUACUAUUGCUUUGUCUUGCUAUGUAUGUUCACUUAGUCUUGAAGACCCACAUAAUAGAAACAAGAUUACAUUUAGUGUAAAUCAUGCAUAGCAAAUUAUCAUAAACAAUAUUACAAACUUUAUUGUAGAACAAACACACAAUUAAGUUCAUUAGCCUUUUUGUACAAAACGGUUAUAAAAAUGUCAGUAACUUUGGUCUGAGCAAACAACUUCAGGAAAGUGGUGUCAUAAACAAUUACAGACAUUAAAAUCAAUACCUCACCAA